AUGUCAGAACAACAGCCCCUCCUGUCCUCUCAGGACGACUCGUAUGAUGCGGAGACGAAUCAUGUCUCCGAGGAGUCCAUGAAACGUAAGAGUUGGAGCGAGUCGACUGCAGAAACCCUCGAGUCUCCCACUUUGCACAAGACUAUCAUUGCUCUGGUUCUUAUCGACUCCGGAUGCGUUUUGGCAGAUUUAGGAUAUGCAUUCCUUAGCGAGACCUGUACUCCAAGCGAAGAGGGUCCGAUUUGGCUCACAGUGCUUGCCCGCAUCUCUCUCGUUAUCACAACUUUCUUCCUGCUUGAAAUUCCCAUCACAUUAUGGGCAUCUGGUUUGCGGUUUUUCGAUCCGCUGGGGCGCGUCCCACAUGCGACUCUGCAUCUCUUCGAUGCCAUCGUGAUUGUCACGACUUUACCCUUGAGGUCAUCCUCCGCGGCCGUGAGAGAGAGCUAG